GUUAAAAAUUAGGAUGUCAAACAAGCAACCUUAACAGAGUACGAAAGGAGAACAGAGGAAGGAGACAACUCUUGUAGAAUAAUUUAAUUUGAAUAGAGUUCAUUCAUCAUUUCCAGCUGGAGGACACAUAAGCGUUGCUGUCCAUCUGCCAAUAUUCGAACAUGGUACUGUUCCAACUUUGUUUACUAAGACCUCUUUUACUUGGUCAGCGGAAUCUGUGUGGUUUAUGGUUGGGGAGAGAAAGUUUUAUCCCUGCGCGAUGUCCUACCAAAACCCAUCACUGUCACAGCAAUAACUUUGGUUUCGGUCACUACAGCACAUCGUCAGCUAUCACAGGGGUGAGAGAGCGCACGCUGAUUGCUGUGAAGCCAGAUGGGGUACAGCGCCGCCUAGUGGGUCAGAUUGUCCAGCGCUUUGAACAAAGGGGCUUCAAGCUGGUGGGCUUGAAGAUGCUGAAGGCUUCAGAGGACCUGUUGUCUCAGCACUACCAGGAACUGAAGAAGAAAGACUUCUUCCCUUAUCUGCUGUGCUACAUGAGUUCCAGCCCUCUAGUCAUCAUGGUGUGGGAGGGACACAAUGUUGUCCAAACAUCCCGCAUGAUGGUGGGGAGCACCAACCCAGCUGAGGCCCAUCCUGGCACUGUCCGGGGGGACUUCGGCAUCCAUGUUAGCAGGAAUGUGGUCCAUGCCAGCGACUCGGUGGAGGGUGCUCAGAGGGAGAUCCAGCUGUGGUUCAACCACACAGAGUUAAUAGACUGGGACUGCUGCGACCACAGCAGCACAACAAGAUCAUGA